GAGAAUGGGCUGGGCUUCGGAGAGGUGUCACUGGAUCUCUGUGAUGUUUGUCUCCCUUGUGGUCUCGCAGGCAUCGUCGCCAACGUACAACCUCACAUCAACACCAGCUACAGCGUACAACAUCACGUCAACACCAGUUAUAACGUACUUCCUCACAUCAACACCAGCUACAGAAGGACAGCCAUGUAUUCUGUCUUGUACACAUGGGUUAGGUCGUACUAUAAGCACUGCCUUGUGGUAUAGGAACUGGGUUCGGAUAUUCCAGACAAACUGGAGAUACCAGUUUGAGAUGCUUGACAAGGACGUAGAUCAUGAGGAGUUCCGGUCCGUGUCAGGACGGAUCUCUGUUGAUGCCACCCUGAACCGCCACAACGUGAUUCUCACCAUCAACUCUACUGUGGAUGAGGAGUCUGUGUGGACGUGUGGUGUUGGGGUGGACACCAGUAAUAACCUGACAGUAACAGUGCCUGAACCCACAACUGACGCGGGGACAACAGACACAGAUAACAGGCCAGCUCCAGACGAAAUGACUGAAGACAAUGGUGGGUACUGUGACAUUCAAAUAUUUAGAACAAUUCACGUCAGGCAACCAUGUGGACAGGCCAGUAUAUGAGCACUAUGACAAGUAUGUAAUGAUGAUAUAACAGACUAUU